CUGCUAUAUUUGAGUAGUGGUUUGUCUGUGUACAUGCUUCUCUCUAUAUAUAUCAGUUGGUUUUUUUCCAAUUUUUCUCGGAAAGAUACAGUUUUUUAUCUGGUGAUUGUGCACAACACAAACCACAAGCCAGAGAGAAAGAGAGAGAGGGAGAGACGGAAGAAGAGGGAUUGUGGGGAUUUUGUGGGAUUGCAGUUGCCGGAUUUUUCUAUUGGAUUCGUGUUUGAGGGUGCUGGUUGAAGAGGGGUGAAAGUUGUUUCAUCUGGGUUCUGAGGUAUCUCUCUCAAUUUUGCUUUGAGAGUGAGGAGUUUAAACGGAGAAUUUGAUUGAGCAUUUGUAUUUUUUAUUUUAUUUUUUUCAAUUUUUAGAGUGGAAGUACAACUUGAUCGUAGAAAAUUUUGGUGGUGGUAAUCAUGUCUGAUGGGUAUUACAGUUCGAAGAAGACAGAUGAUAUUUGCGAAGACGUUUGUGGCCAGCAGGCCUCCCCUGCAGCUUUAAGCAUGUCAAGGCUCAAGUGUAUACUGAGAGGGUUGGAUGUCAAGACUUGUAUAUUCUUGUUCGUGGUUGUUCCAUUAGGAAUUUUUGGAUUGUGUUUGCAUGGCCAGAAGAUCUCCUAUUUCCUGAGACCAUUAUGGGAAUCUCCUCCAAAGCCCUUCCAGAUAAUUCCUCACUACUAUCAUGAGAAUGUUUCAAUGGAGACGCUUUGCAAACUUCACGGGUGGGAGAUUCGUGAAUCGCCAAGACGAGUUUUUGAUGCAGUUCUAUUCAGUAAUGAAGUAGAUAUUCUUAGGAUUCGAUGGAAGGAAUUGUAUCCUUACAUAACCCAGUUUGUACUUCUUGAAUCAAACUCAACAUUCACUGGCCUACCUAAACCAUCUCUCUUUGCUAAUAAUCGGGAUAAGUUUGAAUUCGUAGAGUCCCGUUUGACUUACGGGACAAUUGGGGGGAGAUUUAGGAAAGGGGAAAACCCCUUUGUGGAAGAGGCGUAUCAGCGAGUAACAUUAGACCAGCUCAUUAGAAUAGCAGGUAUAGAAGAUGAUGAUUUGUUGAUAAUGUCUGAUGUUGAUGAGAUCCCUAGUGCCCAUACAAUUAAUCUCUUAAGGUGGUGUGAUAACAUCCCACCUAUCCUUCAUCUUCAGCUGAGAAAUUACUUGUACUCCUUGGAGUAUUAUGUUGAUAGCAAGAGCUGGCGAGCUUCAGUUCACAAUUACCGGUCAGGGAAAACUAGAUACGCGCAUUAUCGACAGGCAGAUAUCCUCUUAUCAGAUGCUGGUUGGCAUUGCAGCUUUUGCUUCCGCUACAUUAGCGACUUCAUAUUUAAGAUGAAAGCUUACAGCCAUUACGACCGGGUGAGAUUCUCUCAUUACUUGAAUCCCAAAAGGAUUCAAGAAGUGAUAUGCAAAGGAACUGACCUAUUUGACAUGCUUCCGGAGGAAUACACAUUUAAGGAGAUCAUAGGGAAAAUGGGUCCUAUUCCUCAUUCUUACUCAGCAGUUCACCUUCCUUCUUAUUUACUGAAUAAUGCUGACAAGUACAAAUAUCUCUUGCCCGGUAACUGCCAGCGUGAACAUGGCUGAACUGUGAAGCUUAUUGGAAAGUAAGGAUUGUUUUGUAAUUGAUGGAGGUGCAUAUUGUUCUUUGCACCAAAAAGGACUGCAUGAGUCACACCAAAUGAUGAUGGUGCUGCUAUGCCAUGUAUUCAACAAAUCCAUGCCAUCCUUUACAGUGUUGUUGGGAUAAAGCUUGGAUUUCUUCCAUUUUGGAGGCAGGUCCAAUGUUUGCAGGGGAUAAUUCUUGUGAGGACUAGCUUUUUAUGGGUAUGGUAGAGAUGCAUACUGCCUUUUGCUGGUGUGGCAGAUUAAUUUAACAUAUAAUCAGUAUUCAUAGUUGAACUGUUGGUUACAGCUUUAUAGUAUUCAACACCUCUUAAGGUACAUCCACCCAUGGAAGCUUCACCUAUGAUCUA